AUGUCUGGAUUCCUUGUCACCACCAAUGGCAUCAACCUGGCCCGGCUGCUCCCCCAGCUUCAGAAGGUUGGUCUCAGCGCCAUCAACAUCAGCCUGGACACCCUGGUGCCUGCCAAGUUUGAGUUCAUUGUCCGCAGGAAAGGCUUCCACAAGGUCAUGGACGGCAUCCACAAGGCCAUUGAGCUGGGCUACAACCCUGCGAAGGUGAACUGUGUGGUGAUGAGAGGCCUUAACGAGGAUGAACUCCUGGACUUUGUGGCCUUGACCAAGAGCCUCCCCCUGGACGUGCGCUUCAUAGAGUACAUGCCCUUUGAUGGCAACAAGUGGAACUUCAAGAAGAUGGUCAGCUAUAAGGAGAUGCUGGACACUGUCCGGCAGCAGUGGUCUGCAGAUGUCUGGAUUCCUUUUUAA